AGUCUCACUUCCAUAAUCAAAGUACACAAAAAUCUUCUUGCAACUAUCUUUUCGCCUUCUCGGGUGAUUAGGUCGAUCAGUUUCCGACUAAGUUAGCUGACAUCUACUUACCUGUCAUCGAUUAUGGAGUUUUCUUUAUCGACUUUUAGCCAUGAUCCACUAUUAGCCUUUGUGUUCCUAGGUUUCUUAGAGUCAUGUCUUAUGAUUCUUAAAUACCAUAUUAUACCUAUUUUAUGCAUUUGUAUUUACUGUAUAACCCAUUAUUAUAUACAUUGCAUACCUCCUAAAAUAUAUAUGGUUGAUUUUUCAUGUUUUAAACCCCCAAGUCAUUGUAGAAUCCCAUUAUCAUCCUUUGUAGAACAUGUUCAUAUGUUUGACUACUUUGACCAACAAAGUGUGGAUUUUAUGUCCAAAAUUCUCGGGUCAUCGGGCCAAGGCCCGGAAACUUAUCUCCCACCAUCUCUACAUUAUAUCCCUCCAAAAUCCACAUACUAUAACAUCAUUGAUGAAGCUAAAAUGGUUCUUUUUCCUAUAAUGGAGGAUCUUUUAAUUAAAACAAAAUUAUCCCCCCAAGAAAUUGAUAUUAUUAUUGUUAAUUGUAGUGUUCUUUGUCCAUCCCCUAGUUUAUCUUCUUUGAUUGUCAACAAAUUUAACCUUAGGCCCGAUAUUAAGUCCUUUAAUAUUACUGGAAUGGGCUGUAGUGCUAGUAUGAUUGCUAUGAGUUUGGCCCAAAACCUUCUUUUGGUCCAUAAAGAGUGUAAUGCAGUUAUCUUAAGUACUGAGAUUGUUAGUGCGGGCUGGUAUCCGGGUAAUGAGCCAUCCAAACUAUUUAUGAAUUGCCACUUUCGGAUGGGGUCAGCUGCUAUACUAUUAUCCAAUCGAAAACAAGUCAAAAAUACGUCGAAAUAUGAACUAAAAUUGAUUUCAAGGGCCCAACGGGCUUUUGAUGAUCGGGCCUAUAAAUGUGCUUAUAGAGAAGAGGACUCAAUUGGGCUGAUUGGAGUAAACGUUUCAAGAGAUAUCCCGGGUGUGUUUUCUGAAAUGCUCCAUGACCAAUUAAUAUCUCUUGGAUCCCUAAUGUUACCCACAUACGAAAAGUUGAAAUUUGUUAUGUCUGUUAUUCGGAAAAAACAUUUGAUAAAAUCAGCUAAUAUUUACGUGCCAAAUUUUAAAACAGUCGUACAACAUUUUUGUUUACCGGUUUCUGGUAAGCCGGUGAUAAGGAGGAUAGGAAAAGGAUUAAAGUUAGGAGAGGCAGAUAUGGAGCCAGCUUUGGCUACAUGGCAUAGGUUUGGAAAUUUGUCUUCUUCAUCUUUUUGGUAUGAAUUGGCUUAUUUAGAAGCUAAGGAAAGAAUUAAGGUAGGGGAAAAGGUUUUGAUAAUUGGAGCAGGAAGUGGAAUGAAGUGUACUAGUGUUGUGUUACAAUGUAUUAAACCUGUGUUUGGUGAGUCCAAGAAGGGGCCAUGGGCCGGGUUCAUUGACAAGUAUCCAAUAUCAGAAAUUUGAUGUGAUAUUUUUACAUCCCGAUGAAAUUGCAGGAAAAUGUAACAAUAUUAAUGAGAUAGAAGAAUACAUUAUUUUGUGUUUUAGUUUUCAUAAUAUAAAAUAAAACUAUCUAAAAGGAACUUAUACAUGUAUAUGAUAUCAUAAGAGUGGUAUUGUUUCAUUUAGUUUGUUUUCCUUUUUAAAAG